AAAUUUUCACACACCACACACAGCAAGUGGGAAAAAAUGUACAAAAAAAGAAGAAAAACUUGUACAUAAAUUGUGAAAAUUUUCCAUAAACUGCUAGGCGAACAAUCCGAAACCGCUGAAAAAACGCAAAUCAAAUGAAAAUAGAGCAGCGCCCGAAGGAAAAGUCUCCGUUAAUUGUAAAUACACAACCAAAAGUAAAACAACAAACACUCCACCAAAUUUGAAACACAUAGUAAACAAAAUAAGUAUAAAUAUACAUAAUUAAUAUUAUAUGGAACCGAUAACUAUAUAUAGCUCCCUAUUACUAUAAAAUAAUGUAAAUGACAACGUAGCCUUCACUCCGAAACCAACAAAUAAAUAAAACCAAAAAGGAAAAGAAUUAAAAACCAAGGCCUAAACACACAAUAAGUAGAAGAACAAAUCCUAUAAACGAAUCUUGAAACGUUGAAAGCAGCUCAGAAUUCCGGCAAUCAAAUGUCUGGAUAAUACAGCAGCAAUUUGACCAAUGGAUGAAAAUGCCGCCGUCGCCGUCAUUGUUGUCGUCGUCGUCGUUGUCCAUUUGUCAUCGCUAUUGUCAGACUCAGACUCAACAGGAGCAGCAACAAGUAGAGGAGCCAAAGCCGAACGCAGCGCCCAAAAAGCAGCUGCAAGUACAACAUCAAGGCCAGGAUCACAAAAUCGAAGAACAAGAGCGGUCACCAAUCCUGUCCAGCAUCGAUUACCACACGUCAUCAGCGCUGCUGGCGCUGCUGCCACUUACCAACACGCUCUCUCUGAUCUUGGCGGGGACUGCGGCCUAAUUCUCAGCUGCAGUUAGUAAUUCAAACCGUAACCACAAAAAAACAAGAACAACAACAACAACAGUGGAUCUGGAACGCAACAGAAUCGUGCCAACGUCAUCGCCAACGCCAACACCACCGCUCAACCACCUAAACGUUCCAACGCAGCGCAGGUGCUGGAGUCGCGUAACUGUAGCAGAAGACACACAAAAUGGCGGAUGGGCAUUCAUUUGUGAAGAAGACAUUUCAUAAGCCAACGUACUGUCAUCACUGUUCCGAUUUGCUCUGGGGUCUCAUUCAACAGGGAUAUAUUUGCGAGGUUUGCAACUUUAUUAUACACGAACGAUGUGUCACCAGCGUGGUAACGCCUUGCUCUGGAAUAGCGCCAUGUAUAAUUAAGAAUCCCGUGGCUCAUUGCUGGUCCGAGCCGACUCACCACAAAAGGAAGUUUUGCACAGUUUGCCGUAAGCGCUUAGAUGAGACGCCAGCGGUGCAUUGCUUAGUUUGCGAAUAUUUCGCGCAUAUUGAGUGCCAAGAUUUUGCUGUGCCCGACUGCACCGAAAAUGCAACCUAUGUUCCCGGCAAGGAGCUCCUAAAUGUGAAGCAUCAACAUCAUUGGCGAGAGGGUAAUCUUCCAUCUACGUCGAAAUGUGCUUACUGCAAGAAAACCUGUUGGUCAUCGGAAUGUCUGACAGGCUAUCGCUGCGAGUGGUGUGGUAUGACCACACACGGUGGAUGUCGAACGUACCUGCCAACCGAAUGUAAUUUUGGUAUACUACAACCUAUCUACUUACCUCCGCAUUCAGUCUCGAUACCACGUACUGAGGUGCCAAUUGAAGCGAUAAUUGGCGUACAAGUCAAAUCAAAAACGACGCUCGUGCGCGACUACUCGUGUCCUGAGCUUAGUGUAAACGAUGAUAGCGUUGAACAGGGCUCAGGGGUGGCGGUGGGUUUGUGUUUAAAGGAGCUGCUUUCGCUCCAUAGGCAACGCAUUGAACAAUCGAAACAACAUUUUCUACUUUCAAUGCCGCCCUCACCUUCGCCCUCCUUUGGCUCGGUUUCACUCUGCGCCUCACCCACUCCCUCGCUAACAGUGGGAACCGGCGAGACGAGCCAUUCAGCGGACGAAAAUGCGGCCAACGACGACGACAUCCACAAUCAGGAGGAAGAGGAUGAUUACGAUAAUGAAGCGCAACGCAUCGCCAAUGCCACCGAAGAAAAUACGGAGCAUGAUAGUGCGCUGCAGCUGACCACAUCAAUCAGUCAAAAUCCUACCUGCGCUCAGGCAGCAGGUUCGCUGCAAAAAUCACCAUCCGCCAAUUCCUCUCUGCAUCUGCUUUAUACCAGCCUCUUUCGAAAGUUGGGCAAUGGACGCCGACGAAAACGUUGCGCUGGCGGCGUCUCGCACAGUGAGGACGACGACGUGGAUGGGGGUGUCUGUGAUAUAAGCGGUGGCGAUUUGAGCGACGAGUACGACCACUGUGAUGUGGCGCUAAGGAAGCGCAAGCGACCGCCACGCGAUGUUAGCGAAACUGAUUACCAUGGUGAUGCAGAAGUGGAGCAGGAGACUGCGCCACGCGAGAGUUGCUACGAAACAUCCGACACGGGUGGCGAACUAACGAAUACCGACGACCUCGACUCGAGCAUGAAUCUGAUUAGUAAUCUAAGCUAUAAUAGUAGUAAUAGUAAUACGUCCAAUGAGCAGCGCAAGCAGCCACGCCCCACUGCCGCAGGAGCAGCCGCAGCUACCACAGCUGGGCAAGCUCAUGCCUUAAGCGUGCACACUGGACGCAAUCCAAAGACUGGUGCUAAAUCGGUGCUCGGCUCUGCGAGCUCGGCCAACUCAAGCGACUGCUCGUCCGCCUCUCCUGCGCCCCUUUCCGCAUUGACGGCACUUCAAUUGUCGCCGGUGGGUCGCAGCCAGUCCUUCCAGGAGCCGGGUGUCAAGAAGCCUUCAACAACGGCGCGCUACAAGAAGUACGGGCGUGCCUUGUUUCAGCGACGUCGCUCGAAGCGUUCUCCCAAGGGAGGAGGUACCAAGAGCAACUACAGCCUGGACAGGCUGUCACAAAACAUCGAAAUAACCAUACAAGAUGAGGAUGGCAACUAUCAGCCUUACGACGACAAUUAUCACACGCUGAGACGACGGUGCGUUGACGACGAGGACGAUGCUGAGUAUGAGUACGAGGACGAUAACUUGUACUUGGAUGAUCGGCCGCGCAACGAUGGCCUCAGCGGUGACGAUGUGGGUGGAGAUAUAAGCGAUGGCGGAGCUAGCAGCCGUUCACGUGCCAGCGACAGCGAGCACGUUUUCGGAAAAUUGAUUCGACGCAUGCGCGGCUUAUCCGUAGGCUGGCGCAAGCCGCGCUAUCAAAAGCGCAGAGCACGCAGCAUAUCCGAGGAAUUCAGCAGUGGUGAUACGCCACGCUUUAAGGAUGAGGAGUCGGCCAGCAAAACUGAUGUAACGCAUGGUGCGGGUGCCGCAGGUAGCAGCAGCGGUGGUGCAGGUGGUAGCGGUGGCGGAGGCGGGGGCGGUGGAUCUAGCUCGACGCACUACCGUCCGGAUUCGGGAAGCCACAAAUCGGACAAGUCGGACAAGGACAGAGAAAAGAAGGAUAGGGAACGCGAGGAGAAAGAUAUAGAAGUGAUCAAAGUCUUCGAUGGCAACAACUCAUUCCGGCGACAACAAUACCGUGUGAUCGCUGUGCAACGUACCUACACGCUUGAACAAUUACUGACGACAGCCCUACGCGCCUUUCAUAUAACCCGAGAUCCAAGUGCAUUUUACUUGACCGAUAUGUAUGCUUCCGCUGGCAUGGAGGAUGCACCGCUUCAGGAUCCGACACCCAUACUAAACCUGACACACUUGGAGGGGAAGCGACCAGCUAUAUAUCUCAGGUUUCUCGACAAAGACAAGGGCUUUGUGCGCGUAUAUCCUGGCAAAUUGCAAUGCUCAUUGGAAGAUCCGUAUGUCAGUGUUCCUGUAGAUAAUACAACCGUUAUAAAGGAUUUGAUACGCGAUGCGUUAGACAAAUUUGGAUUACAAGAUAACCAAAUACAAGACUACAGAUGCUCCGAGGUUCUCCUUGAUCGCGGCGUUACUGAACGUAUACUCUCAUGGAAUGAACGCCCGUGGGAUAUUAUGAAACAAUUGGGCAAGGAUUCCAUACGUCAGAUGGAAUUGAUGCGAUUCUAUAUGCAGCACAAACAGGAUCCUCAUGGACCAAACAUUGCUCUAUUUGUGGGAAAUCUCCCCACGGGAAUUUCACAGCGCAAUUACGAGCAGAUUCUCAACAAGUAUGUGACGGAUGAAAACAAAUUCACCAGCAUUGGACCUAUAUAUUACGAGUACGGCUCUGUGGUGUUAACUUUCGAGGAUGCCCAAAAGGCGGUGCGCGCCUUUUACAAUUUACGCGAGACGAUUAUUGAGGAUAAAAAACUGCUAGUACUGCUGUUGCCAAAUAUUGAACCAAGCAUGGUCCCACCGGAUGUACGACCGCUACUUGUUUUUGUGAACGUCAAGUCCGGCGGUUGUCAAGGCCUAGAAUUAAUAUCGAGCUUUAGAAAACUACUGAAUCCGUAUCAAGUCUUUGACUUGGACAAUGGCGGUCCGCUUCCAGGCCUGUACGUGUUUCGUCAGAUCACAAACUAUAAGAUUUUGGUUUGUGGCGGCGACGGCACCAUCGGCUGGGUGCUACAGUGUCUCGACAAUGUCGGCCAGGAUUCAGAAUGUUCCAGCCCACCUUGUGCCAUAGUGCCACUUGGCACCGGCAACGACUUGGCUCGCGUUUUGUGUUGGGGCUCCGGCUACACCGGCGGAGAAGAUCCAUUGAAUUUGCUACGCGAUGUGAUCGAAGCAGAGGAGAUACGUUUGGAUCGCUGGACUGUAGUUUUCCAUCCGGAAGAUAAACCCGAAGAGCCUGCCAUGAAGGCACCCUCACAAACAACCGGUAAGAAGAAGAAGGCUCACCAAGCACAUCUAUCGCAACAAACAAAUCAGCAUCAUCAAUUACCGGCUCUGACAUCGAGUGAUAUAUCAGGCGGUGCCCAAAACGAAGACAACUCACAGAUUUUCGUCAUGAACAACUACUUUGGGAUUGGCAUAGAUGCUGACCUCUGUCUAGACUUCCACAAUGCACGUGAGGAGAACCCCAACCAGUUCAAUUCGCGACUCCGCAACAAGGGCUAUUACGUAAAGAUGGGGCUGCGAAAAAUUGUUGGUCGCAAGACGGUCAAGGAUUUGCAUAAGGAGCUGCGCCUUGAGGUCGAUGGCAAGGUGGUGGAGCUGCCGCCCGUCGAUGGCAUCAUAAUAUUGAAUAUAUUGAGCUGGGGCAGUGGUGCCAAUCCCUGGGGUCCUGAUAAGGACGAUCAAUUCAGCACACCCAAUCACUAUGAUGGCAUGCUGGAAAUCGUGGGUGUCACAGGCGUCGUACACUUGGGUCAAAUACAGUCGGGCAUUCGUACAGCGAUGCGCAUAGCACAGGGUGGCCACAUUAAAAUACAUUUGAACACCGACAUGCCCGUACAAGUCGACGGUGAGCCUUGGAUACAGAGUCCGGGUGACGUCGUCGUUCUAAAAUCCGCGCUUAAGGCCACCAUGUUAAAAAAGAACAAAUUGAAAAUGAAACGCCGCAACACGGAGCCGACAAUGUUGGUCGCUGGCUCCGCUACACCGCAGCUGUCGUUGGCGCUGCCACCCAGCGUGGGCGAGGCAAGCGAUUCCGCCGAGGGCGAUGGGGGCCCAAAUAAUACGGACUUCUGAAUAUGGUAUAGCGAGCGUUUGAUUUAACGUGCUAAUUACAAUGCACCAGAGAAUCCAACGACACCAGCCAAUCAGCAAUUAAAACCAAAUCCAACCAAAGCCCCGCCCAUCCCACCAGUGCAAUAGCCAAAGUCAACUCAAAUCAAAAGCUUUAAUCAAAAUUAACUCUUAUGCCACGUAUUCGUAGGAAAAUUUCCACUCCAUGCCAAAAAGCCUAUUCAACAUUUCCGCGUCUCGUCUGCAAUUAGUACGUUAAACUCAAACAGCUCGACCAAAGCCGACAACUGUCAACAAAUGUAGGCAGCCCAAGAUCGACAAAAGCAACACAAAAUAGCAGAAACAAGAAGAACAAGAACUGUUUCUACAACUACAACUACUUACUGUACUAAAUGAAAACUUACAACUAACCAACCACACACUCGUACUUCAGAGAAGAAGGGCAGUUAAAAAUGUUAAAAUUAGCAAAAACAAAAGUUCCGCAAACACUGCAAUAGCCUGGCAAAGUUGUAUAAAAUUCAAGCUCAAUUAUGUUCCUUCUCUUUUCGUUCCUAUGCAAUAACGAAUAACAGAUUUAGUGAUACCGUUAAAACCGAAAUCGUAAGAGCCAGAAAAGUAGGCAAAAAAAACAAAAACAAAACAAAACGAAACAAAGCAAACCAAACCAAAACAAAAAGUACAAAAUUGUUAAGAAUUGUUUAAUAAUACUAAAAAGAGACAAUGAGAAAUUAAUUAAACAAACUACUAGACAUGAAAUCACAUACCAAUUAUGAAAGCCAGCGUUGUCCCGCCGUCCUCAACUAGGGAAGCGGAUAGCGUUGGUAUAGCGCUCAGGCGCAAAACACGACCAAGCUAGGACUUAGCAGACAGCAAAUGCGAGAAAAUUACUAUGAAACUUUUGAAGGAAUAUCUGGAAAAAGCUGUAAAUUGCAUAGUUUUGUAAACUAAUUGGGACGCAACAAUCGCAGAGUCAAACCAUUCGCUAUUGGCAAAAGGCGAUCUGAAUUGGCAACACAAAUUAAAUCAGAAUAGGAGUAUUGCCAUGAACGUACGUAUUUAUGUAUGUCGAAAGAAAUAGUUAAAGUUAAGGUAAAGAGCAUUUUGGAUUGUGCAAUUGGUAUUAAUUUUCUCCGCUGCUGUUUGCAAUACAUACAUAUAUGAAAAUAUGAAUGAAAACGAAUGCAUUUUCUAACUGACGCAAGCUGCCUGUCAGUCGAUCGAUCAGUUAGAGGCGAAAGUAUUCUCCCUGCAUUUGUUUAAGAACAUUUUUGGAUGGUGAAUCCGCAGAAGAAAGAAGAAAAUCCGAAAACAAACUACAAUUUCAACUUAAAUGCGCUUAAAAAGAAAACAAUUUUUGAACAAUUUACUAAUAAUUUUACAUUGCAUAUUUUGUUACCCAACAUCCACACUCAGAACACCGAAUGCCUCAGGGAUGUGAUGGUUGCCAAAAUUCCGUCGAACGCUUCCCGGAGUGGGGAUAUUCACGUUGGCACCGAUUGCAUCCCUUAGGCUGAUGCCAUAGCUCUGGGGCAGCUGCAGAUGUGAAUAUCCCGUUGCCUGAAACAUCUGCGGAACAUGUGCAACUGCCCCAAACGCUAUCCUCCAGUUACACAAACAGACAGUUAUCCCUUUCGAGACUGUUAUGCAUGCACGGAAAUCGCAUAACAGUGACCAAUCCAACACACAUUUUGUUCUCGAUAUUUAUUUCGAGUCCUUGACAUUUUGCGUUCAGCAAAUCACCUCCAGCUGCGAUUAAGGGGCUCAGUGCUUGCGGUUAAUCAGAACUCAGCCGAUUUCCGUGACUCACAGUGUGGACACGUACACCUCGGACUCAAGCAGGAUGCUAUGCAAUGCACGGACACAAAAAUGCGCGUCAAAAAAAACCAAAAACAAAUCUAAAUUUUUUAACGUUAUAAUACAUAUUAAAAUUGUUUAGCUAAAAUAUUAAAUUUGGAAAGAAAUUUGUAUUGCGUAGCGUCUUGCGCCUAUUCCAGUGCGUGCGGUCCGCCAAAUUAUUUUCAAUUGAUUUUGAAACGAUUAGCUACAGGCACAUAAAUUUCAGCUCGCAGGUGAUUUGGAUUCUCGCCUCAUUUCGUACAAAAAUACACAGCCACAAGGGACAUGGAGUUUAGGAGACUUUUUGGUUACGUUAAUUAAAUGUAUUUCACAUUAAAUAAAAAAAAAAACUAGCAUAAGAUUAAGCAAGAAUGAGAAAUAACUAUAAUAUGCAAAAUAUUCAAAGAAAUCCAAAACAUAAUUACCAAGAAAAAUCUAUAAAAAAAACAAAACAAACAUAAAAAUACCAACAAAAACAACAACUAAAAUACUAUUUAUAGUACAUACAUUGAUGUAGUGUUAAUUAUAAGCGAAAAAGAAAAUUAUUAAACCGAAGAUCUUGAAAGAGCUACAAAAGUAAACCAACAGCCAACAACCAGAAUACAUAAGUUGCAUGAACCGUAACAGAUUCAAGCCCAUAAAUGUACAAGUAACUAUUUUUCUCUAAACCAAAACAAAAAUGCAACAAUUUUUGCUCCACAUUACGAUUAAUUAAAGUAAAUGCAAAGACGAAAGGUGGCAAACUUUUGAAGCAGUUCUUUAACAGACUACGCAAGAAAAUAAUGGAAUUUAAUGUACAAUAGCAUCGCUCUAAAACAUUAUUUAUUUGAAAUGAAACAACCGCAAAAUCCAAAUCCGUUGCUAAAACAAAAUUCUUGUGAAAAACAGACACACAACGGAAAUAACUGCAAAAUAAAUGUAACUGAAAUAACAGAA